AUGGAUUUACAUUACAAGGUUACAUUUGACGAAUGUAAGAAACACACUCCAAUUCCAUUAUAUAUACAUAAUAAAAGAAGAAGAAUUGGAAGAAGAAAUGGAGAGGUAAUUAGCUGCAGUCCCAAGGAACGGGAAGCUCUUCUGGCAUUCAAAAGAGGCCUUACAGAUGACAAUGGUGAUCUGUCAAGCUGGAGAGGUGACGACUGUUGCAAUUGGGACGGAGUUGGGUGUCGCAAAACCACUGGCCAUGUCAUUAGUCUUUAUAUCUACGGCGGCAAUCGCGGAUUGCGAGGUCAGAUCAGCGUAGCCUUACUUCAGUUACGUCAUUUGAGAUAUCUAACUCUUUCUGGCUGUGGCUUGUUUGGGAGAAUUUCUCAAAAUCUUUCGAACCUCACAAACCUGGUGUACCUCGAUCUCUCAUUCAACUCAUUAUUGUUAGACGAUCUCAAUUGGCUCUCUAAUCUCUCUUCUUUAUCCCAUCUUGAUUUGUCUGACAACAACAUCACUGAUGCCAAUUGGCCUCAACGAAUACUGAAGGUUAGUUCAUUGAAGGAGCUGCUCUUGGCAUAUUGUCAUCUUAGUGAUGGAACAUAUUCUGAAGAGUACUUGUUUGUGAACUCUUCUUCUUCUUCUGCAUCUCUUUCAUCGGCUAAUCUAGGAGGUAAUGAUCUUACCCUUCGGACAUUAGGCUGGUUAUCUAACAUCAGAAGUCUUGUUUACUUGAAGUUGUCGGCAAACCAAUUGGAUGGUGUAGUUCCUCAUUCGAUUAGAAAUUUGACAUUUCUUGAGCACCUUGAUCUUUCUCAUAACAAGCUUAAACGUGUAGCUCCUGGAUCAUUGGAAAAUCUGAGUAAUUUAACAUUGCUCGAUCUUUCUUACAAUGAAUUGGGACAGCCGCUUAUGGAAUUAACAGGGAACCUUUCUUGCAAAGCAUUAGAGGAGCUCGACUUGAGAUUCAAUAAACUCAGUGGUUUACCACCGGAUUUCGUGCAACAUCGGCAGCUUGUAGAAUUACAUAUUUCCUAUAACUCCCUAGAUGGAAUUCUCUCUAAAACUACCUUUACAAAGCUUGACAAUUUAAAAUGGUUGGAUUUGUCCUCCAACGAUGCACUAAGCAUAUCCCCUUUUUGGAAUCCACCUCUCAACUUGAAUAACUUGUAUUUAAGUAGUGUCAAUGUUGGUCCGAAAUUCCCACCAUGGAUUCAAGUUUUAGAGGAUCUAUGGAGACUUGGCCUGUCGUCCUGUGGCAUAUCGGAUCAAGUGCCCAAUUGGUUUUGGAAUUUUUCAACUGCUCUAACUGAUUUAACAAUCCCCGACAACCAGAUUAGUGGCACCAUUCCUGAUCUCUUUUCAGGACAGCUUAGAUCUAUAGAUCUUAGAUGGAAUCGUUUUUAUGGCCCUUUACCUGAGUUCCUAAAUCAUACAAGAUCUUUAAAGCUCUCACAUAAUGAGUUUUCAGGGUCAAUUUCAUCGAUUUGCAAAUUGAGUAGUUUGGUUACGGUAGACCUUUCAGACAACCUUUUUGUAGGGAUGGCUCCCAACUGCUGGGAAAACAUGACCAAUAACAUACAAUCUCUGAACUUGGGUAACAACAGUUUUUCGGGUGAAAUUCCUGAAUCACUUGGGCUCUUAGAGAUUGUUUCGAAAUUGUAUUUGAAUGAUAAUGAUUUCUCUGGAAAGUUACCUUCAAGUUUAAAGCAUUGCAAUAAUUUGGAGCUACUUGAUGUAGCAGGGAAUAAUCUAACUGGAACUAUCUCGGAAUGGUUGGACGGCGCAAACUAUACGUAUUUGAAGUAUCUAAAGUUUCGCCAGAAUAAAUUCUACAGCGACAUUCCUCAAGAAAUAUGUAAUCUUACUCAGAUACAAGUUUUGGACUUGUCUAAAAACAAUUUAUCCGGAAAAGUUCCUAAGUGUCUCAAUAAUUUUGUUUCAUUGCUUCACACCAAUAGUGUGUAUGGCCCAUCACCAAUCUACACCAGUUUUAUGUACUUGGACAGUCCACAUAUGUUAGUUCAAUGGAAAAGGAAGGAAUCAUUGUACGAGGGAAUAUUAUGGCUUCUUAAGCUCAUUGAUUUUUCAGACAACAAAUUAACUGGAAGCAUUCCAAGAGAACUUUUUCAGUUGAAGGGAUUGGUUUCUUUGAAUCUGUCAAGAAAUGCUUUGGAAGGAAACAUAGCAACAGAUAUUGGUGAUAUGGAGAUGCUUGAAUCACUUGAUCUUUCAAGAAAUCACCUCUCCGGGGCAAUACCGACAAGUCUGGCGCAAUUAAGUUUUCUACAGAUUCUUAAUUUGUCGAACAACAACUUGUCGGGGAGAAUUCCAACAAGCACUCAACUCCAAAGUUUCAAUGAAUCUUCCUAUGCUGAAAAUGCUCAACUUUGUGGGAGUCCUCUUCCAUUGUGCCCCGGAGAUGCCGUGAGCCCACCGGCCUCUAAUCCCGGAGAAAGUGAUGAGGAAAGGAGGAAUGGUUUUAUGAGUUUCUCUGUCAUGCAAGACUUGUUCAUAUCAAUGGCUCUUGGUUUCGUCUUCGGAUUCUGGGGACUAAUGGUGUCGUUGAUGAUGAAGAGAUCAUGGAGAAUAUCAUAUUUCAUGUUCUUCGAUCGUAUUGGAGAUUGGGCGUAUGUCAAAACAGCUAUUUUCUUGGCGAGUUUCCGAAGAAAUUGAAUUCAAAGAGGCAAAGGAUGUCAUGAAUGCUUCGAGGAUGUGCACUUCAAUGUCCAUUUCUGGUGCUGGUCUUAGAGGCAAAUGAGUUUCUUCUUGUGUGUAUCUUUUUUAGUUUUAUUUUGUUUGCUAUUCCAUUUCCGUUUGAACCUUGGGCAAUGUAUUUUAUUGUGGAAAUUUAUUUAUUUACUUUUUUUA